CAUUUUAAGUUGAAAUUUCAUGAGGGUGUGUGUGUAUCAGGCCAAACGCCCGCAAAAGGGGAACCGGGGUUCCUUCGGACAACGAAAGGAGACGUUCACACCCUGGGACACUUUUGCAGUAGUUGCUCAACUUUUUCACACAGGCCAGCUUCAGUCAACUCCUCCCAGAGGUGGGUCCUAGCAGGCGGUCUCUUCUCUCUUGCGGAACUCCACUUUGGAGAGUUCAUAAAGGCCCGGAAGCCGAAAACGCUUACACUAAGAAACGCACGAAUCAACGAUGGCGGGUCAGGCAAUGCUCGGAUCUUCCUUCCUCCGAUUUCGGGGGGCUCCAUCCUCUCAGCUCCAUCCUGUCUUUGCCAGGCUGCGGAGGAGCUACAGCCAGAAUGGUUCCAUCUCGCAGUUCUUGCACCACAGCCUGGUGCCCACCAUGCAUUAUCAGAAAAGCUUACCACGUUUGCCCAUUCCAAAAUUGGAAGACACGAUUAGAAGAUAUCUGAAUGCUCAAAAGCCUCUCUUAAGUGAUGAUCAGUUCAGGAAAACAGAGCAACUUGCUAUCAGUUUUAGAAAUGGAAUUGGUAGUGAACUGCAUGAACAGUUGGUUGCACAAGAUAAGCAAAAUAAGCAUACUAGUUACAUUUCAGGUCCCUGGUUUGACAUGUACCUAAAGGCACGUGAAUCAGUUGUUCUGAAUUUCAAUCCAUUCAUGGCUUUCAGCCCUGAUCCCAAAGUUGAAUAUAAUGACCAGCUCACAAGGGCAACUAACAUGACUGUUUCUGCUUUGCGUUUCUUGAAGACUCUCAGGGCUGGCUUUUUGGAGCCUGAGGUUUUUCACCUCAGCCCCUCCAGAAGUGAUACUCAGGCAUUUAAAAGGUUUAUUCGAUUUGUGCCUUCCUCUCUCUCCUGGUUUGGUGCCUAUAUGGUCAAUGCCUAUCCUCUUGAUAUGUCACAGUAUUUCAGGCUUUUCAAUUCCUCACGAUUGCCUAAACACAACAAGGAUGAACUUUUUACAGAUGAAAAGGCAAGGCACCUAUUGGUGCUUAGAAAUGGAAAUUUUUACACAUUUGAUGUAAUUGAUAGAGAUGGCAAUAUAAUGAAGCCGUUGGAAAUCCAAGCACAUUUAAAAUUCAUCCUUUCUGACAACAGUGCAGCUCCUGCAUUCCCUCUUGCUUGUCUGACAACUGACAAUCGAGAUUCAUGGGCAUCACUAAGGCAGGAGCUGCUUGACUGUGGCAAUGCAGAAGCCUUAAGGAAAGUGGAUUCAGCAAUAUUCUGCCUGUGCUUUGAUGAUUCUCCAGUUAAAGACCUCAUCCACUUAUCCCACACCAUGCUUCAUGCAGAUGGCACCAACAGAUGGUAUGACAAGUCAUUUAACCUUAUUUUAACCAAAGAUGGCACUGCAGCAAUUCAUUUUGAGCAUUCGUGGGGAGACGGAGUGGCUGUGCUGCGUUUCCAAAAUGAAGUCUUUAAAGACAGCACCCAGUCGCCUGCUGUUACACCCCAAUCGCAGCCUGCUGCCGUUGAUUCUUCCACAGCUGUUCAGAAACUGACCUUUACAUUGAAUGAUACUUUAAAAGAAGGAAUUUCCAAGGCUAAACAAAAUUUUGAUGCUACUGUGAAAAAGCUGACAGUGAACAUACUUGAAUUCAAGAGAGGGGGUAAGGAGUUUUUAAAGAAGCAGAAUUUGAGUCCUGAUGCUGUAGUUCAGCUGGCAUUCCAGAUGGCCUUUCUGCAGCAAUACAGCCAGACUGUGGCUACCUAUGAGUCUUGCAGCACAGCAGCAUUCAAACAUGGCCGUACUGAAACCAUCCGUCCUGCUUCAGUUUAUACAAAGUCGUGUUCAGAGGCUUUUGUCAGGGAGCCAUUCAAACACAGCACAGCAGAGCUACUACAGAUGAUUUCAGAAUGCUCUAAGUAUCACAGCCAGCUCACCAAAGAAGCUGCUAUGGGUCAGGGAUUUGACCGACACUUAUUUGGAUUGCGGUAUUGGGGAGAAUCCACCAGCAUGCCCUUGCCAGACUUUUACCAAGACCAAGCUUAUGCACAGAUCAAUCAUAACAUUCUGUCUACCAGCACGUUGAGCAGCCCAGCUGUGACCAUGGGUGGGUUUGCUCCAGUGGUGUCUGAUGGCUUUGGCAUUGCAUAUAGAGUGCAUGAUAACUUCAUUGGAUGCAGUGUUUCUUCCUAUCCAGCUAGGAAUGUGUAUGAAUUCCUCCAGUGUGUGCAGAAGUCACUGGAUGACAUGUUUAAUGUUUUGGAAGGUAAACACAUCAGUAAGGGUUAGCCUGUUUGAAUAUGCAGUGCCCCAGGACUAUCGUCCACUGGUAGAAUACUUUUAGGAUUCUGACUGCAAUUUCAGUAUCUCAUCUGCUGCCUUGUGUUUCCUUUGAAAAAUGAUAACUCCUCAGGGAGAGAAAAAAAAUCAUGAAUAUUAAUUCUGUCCAUACUUUUGAUUGUAAAGUAAUGUUGCAUUUAUACUGAUGGCUCAUCUGUGGUUUCAGGUUCUAGGCUUCUCUACUGUCAGCGUAGUGAUCCAAAUAUAAACUUGCAGGACACAAAUUAUUAGCUAAGAUACAGAAAAAACAUCAUUGUUUUAGCUGUCAAAUUAAAAAAACAACACUCUUGCACAAAAAGCUUGAACAAUAUUUUUUGCUGACUGGUACCUCUCAUAUUAACUGUAGCAUACAUCAGAAAAUUUUAGGAUAUAGUCCUAUUCCAUGUCAGCUCUGUUCUCUCUCCCCCACUCUCCUGGUGUAUGUUUUUUAAAAUCAGUGUACGACUUAAAGAAGGUUUCUAGUACCUUCUUAGCAUCUACACAAACAGAAUAAUGCCUGUCAUGUCAAGUGUUUCAAUUUACUAUGCUUUGAUCACACAGCUGAUGUGUGCUGAGAAGCACACUAUGAAGAGGCUUCUGACUUUGCCCAGGUUGAAAACAGUUCUUUAAUAUCCAGUAUAAAUAUACUGCAGAAAUAAAUCCACAUCCAUGUAUAACCACUACUGAAUAACUUUGGGCCUAAUAAUGAAACAUUUUUAUUCACAAUAAAAUAUCUAUCAUGUUUACUGAAAACUGAAUUGCUGAGACAAGUAGCUUGGGAAGGACAGAUGGAAUAUAUAUAUUUAAAUUAAAUGCAUCUAUUCAGCUAUCUGUACCAGAAUGAAAUGCUUGUACUUAGAAUAACUGCCUUAUUUUUUGAAUAUGUUAAUCAGAAUGUCUUUUUAAAUGUGCCUUUGUUGGAAACCCUUUGAUAUCCUAAGGAUUCCACAAAAACUUAAAUGUGAACAAUCAGCAACCUUGCUUUAUGUAUUCUCCAAUGAUGGGAUUGAAAUAAACAACAGCCUGAAGAA